AUGUCACAAAGAUCACUGAUUGAGCCUCAUAACUUUUCGAGUGAGGAAGAGGAAGAAGAAGAGGAAGAGAGGGAAGAGCAUAGAAUCCACAACUACGAAAUGCCUGCCGCUCAGCGCCACGUUCAGGCCAACAACUUCAAAAACGGAAGGGCUUCACCAGGAAAGAGCGUGUCCUUCCAAGAACACGCCACUCAGUACUUGGUCAAUGCCGAUGGCGAUGAGCAGAUUGACGCCGAUGCCGCCAAUCAAUUACAGACAGAAGACCGCCAGGCAAGAGGUGUAAGCAAUCGCUUGACACGGUCCAGAAGCCCUAACAAGCGUAGCGUCUCUAGAGUUGAUUCGCACAGGGCCUCUGAAGAGAACGUCAAUGGAACUCAGAGAAGCACAUCUAGGGGCCCUGCACCUGCGUCCGCACUUUCCAGAGGACGCCCAGAAGGACAAUUGCAGCCAACAUCCCGAUAUCUCGGAACCGCAGACCCGACUCCUCCAGAGAACCUCACACCACAAGAGAGGAAAGACAACGAGCUCGACGCAGUCGUCAUGGAANNAACACUGGCAAGAAUCCGCACUAGCAUUAACUCCCUUUGCAACCACUUUUUCAGACGAGACAUCAAAAGGCCUAAUCUCACGAAGAUGCUUAAGGAGAUGCUCAAGAACAUUGAAGGCGGAAAUGAGUGGGAAUUCAUCAACUUCUGCAGGGCCAUUGCUGAAGGCGGCGGUGAUGCGAAGACAUGGCAACAAGUCGUCGCAGACUCAACUUGUCGUCAUGGUCUCAGUUAUGGCAUCAUUCAUAGGGUGCUGGUACAACAUGUCUUCAAAAGCCUGUUGUUUGGCGGGCCUCCUGAGUUGUUGGCAAGGCUAGAGCAAAUGGAAAAAGACCAAGAGAACGAGGAUGGAUUCAUCAGAGAGAAACACCGAGCUGAGCAUAUCACAUCUUAUGAGAUGCAAUACAGAGUGGAUCUCAACCAGAUUGACGAGCGAAAGUUUGCCAAUCUUGAGCUCGCCCUACAGAUUUCCAGGCUACUUCAGCCGCUUUGGGACCUCGACCGUGAGAAUACGGUAGAAUAUUUCAAGCAGUUGCAGCAAGAACUAUUCAUGAUCGUGAAAACGGCAGCGGAACUCGCAACACUCAUGAGGAAAAGCGGCCUCUGGGUCCUCUACCAGUUCGGACACGUCUUCAAGGACCAGGUGGCGGACCGUACGACUACGGAAGUACUGAACUUUAGACAGAUGGAGCAAGAAUACAAGGCGAGUGAAGGUGCUGAUCAGGUCUUGAUCAGGAUGGUAUGUGGUGACCCGUUGUAUGCGUUCAGGAAAGGGGGCAGUGUUAUGGCCGAGAGGAUACUGGAGAAGGAAGAGAAGGAGCAAGACAUAAGUGUUGCUCCAGAGCUGCGACACCUUCCACGGAACCACUACCGCGGUCGCCUCAUUACCGCACAGGAUGGUUACAGGGCCAAGUUCUUGGCCAAGGCGCAGGUGAUUGGGCGGUUGGAGCAGAUAGGCAGCGAGAGCACCGCAAUGGAUCUGAUGGAUGCAGUGCGUCUUCUGAAAGACGAAGGAUGUACGCCGCAGUAA